UGCAUUUAUAUACCAUUAUGGACAAGUUUCUGAUAAAGUCAGAGGCWUUAMGCUACUAUUGUUGUUCCUGGUUUGUCUAACAUCGAAGAAAAAGGGAAAUAGUUGAUGUGAAAAAGGGGUAAUACUUUCUGUACCAUUUUUUGCUUAUGUUUGGGUUCCCUGUGUUGCCAACCAGAAAUGUGGGAGAAUGUGAGAUAUAGCUAUGGUACCCRUAUCUUUGYCAUUUUGUAAUGAUGAUUUUUUUGUAUUUAUUGUUAUUUAAAGUCAAGGGGUGUUGUGCUUGUUUCAGCCUGCAGAGGGAGCCACUCAAUCUAGUGGUUGCUUCAUGUGCUCUCGCUCUACAGUGGCUCUCGCGCUAGGCUGCAUAGAUGCAUUUUUCCUCCUCGUAAAGCUGUUGCAAAGCUUAUUUGCUGUGCUUUGUGUGGUUCCGUUUGUAAAACUGGCACAAGAUGCUCACAUGCUAAACUGAAAUGAUUCAUAAGAGUCAUGACUCUUUGGUUUGAAUUAUAAGUAGCCAAAAUGUACAAAACCACACAUUUCUGGUCUGCAUUUCAAAUAGUKUUUUCUUGUUAAUACCGUAUUUCAAUAUGAUCAUCAUCUCUUUCCCUCCUCCCUCAUAUUCUCCCUCUCUCACACCUGUUCCUCCAAUGUCUGUAUUAUAAAUAGUAUUCAGCAUUGAGGGAAUACUUCCCACAGCUGUAACCAAGGCAAAUUCUCUCCAAACGUUGCUCCCCACUUUGUCUCUGUCUGCAGCAGUAUGUCGUGUUCGGUGUGGGAGCAGCUCCCUUGCCUGCUUCCCCUCAAUAUGACCAGUCAUUUCCCUGAAGCUGCAUGGUGUUUACUUCCUGUCUGCACAAUAUUCGCUCUUGAGAAGAUAAAUAAAAAAUUAGAAAAAAUGAGUUCCAGGGAAGAGGGGGCAAGACAGAAAUACCUACAGAGAGAAAGGGAGAAAGAAAAUGGGAGAAUGAGAGGAAUAGAGAGAAGGAGUGACAAAGAGAGAAAGGGGAAACAGAGCGAGAGAAAGCGAGAGAGAGAGAGGGGGUGGGAUAGAGUGAAAUGUUCUGCGAUUGAAGGAGAGUGAGAAUGAGAGGGAGAGAGAGUAGAAGAGGAAACCUUUUUGACUGCCAGUAUUUUGUGGACCGGUCAGGAUACACCAUCUAACAGAUUACCGGUGUCCCCUGAAGGAGCAGGAGGCAAAAAACAUGGAGGUGGAGGGGUGAGUAAGAAAACAAGAGGCUAGAGACAAAAUGGCUACAGUCUCCACUGCUUCUGAAUUUGGUACCGGUAGGUGAGUUUACUUCUGGAGCUCUGCUCCUUUAUGUUUCGCUACAGAUAUUCAUCUGCACGCUUCCAUGGACAAUCCCAACGGUAGCUACUGUCAGUUAUAGCUCUCUCUUCUCUGGCCAUCUGACAGCAUAGACAUUAAAACAGGACAAUAUCUAUCACUCACUACCUUCCUGCCUUGGAGAGCUCAAAUGGAGAGUCCAAAUAUCUGCCAGUCGUUGUCGUCUCCGACAGUUGAACCCAUCUGUCAUCUCCCGGAGCGUAGGCUUCUGUUGCUGGGGGGACCAGGAGCUGGGAAGAGCACCACAGGGAAUGCCAUCCUAGGUGAGGAGGUCUUCCAGACUGGGACAGAGACUGUCCACAGCACCGUUGGCCACGGGGGGGUCUGCAGGAGGCGUAUCACUGUGGUUGACACCCCAGGCUGGAUUAUACCCCAUGACUCAGCGGAUGAUAACACCGGGGCCCCGCCAGAGCGGGCUAGCAAGGAGGGACCCUGUGUCGGUGCCACCCUCUGUCCCCCAGGGCCCCACGCGCUCCUGCUGGUGGUCCCCGUGUCACAGCCCUUCACAGAGGGCCACAGGAAGGCUGCAGAGAAGCAGCUGGGUCAUCUAGGAGGAGGGGCCUGGAGGUCCACCAUGGUGCUCUUCACUGGGGUCGACAAGCUACCUGAGGGGACGUUCGUAGAAGAGUUCAUUGCAGCUGGGGAGCCCCUUCAGUGGCUGGUGGAGAGGUGUAGUAACAGAUACCAUGGCCUGGAUAGUAACACACAGCAGAGUGGGGAUGACAACACGGUGAACACACAAGUUCAGGAGCUGCUGGAGAAGGUAGAGGAGCAGGUUAAGGAAAACCACGGCUGGUAUUUUGCAGUAAACGAACUGAUUCUGCUAGAGGAGGAGCAGGCAAGGAAGGCGGUGGAAGAGAGGCGGGUGAGAGAGGAGCGGGAGGAAAGGGAGAGGCAGAGACUGCGGAUGGUCGGAGGGCCUCCCAGAGAGCUGAGGGUCCUCUUGCUGGGCUGGAAAGGAGUGGGAAAAAGUUCUGUAGGGAACACCAUCCUGGGCCGGCGGGACUUUGAGUCUGGAACAGAGACGGAGCAGAGCCUUAGGAGGCAGGCUGAGGUGGCCGGACGCAGGGUCACUAUCGUUGACACCCCUGGCUGGGACUGGUUCUCCGUCAGACGCACCCCCAAACACGUCAGACAGGAGUCGAAGCGAGGUGCCACCCUCCUCCGGCCUGGCCCCCACACCCUUCUCCUGGUGUUGCCCAUCAUCUCCACCCUCACUUCACGCAAGAGGCGGACCCUGGAGGCCCACCUGGAGGGCCUGUUUGGUGAUAGGGCGUGUCUCCACACCAUGGUGCUGUUCAGCUGCGGGGAUUGGCUAGGCCGAACACCCGUCGAGGAGCACAUCCAGAAGGGAGGGCGGGAGCUCCACAGGUUGUUGGAAUACUGUGGGAACUAUUAUCACGUGGUGGACAGCAAGAUGCCGGGGAAGGACACAAGGAACAUCUCAGAUCUGCUGGACAAAAUAGAGGAAAUGAUCAGAGAGAAUGGUGAUGAGGCCUUCUUGCCAAUACAGAUGGAUGAAGAAAGCCCUGAGUCAUCUGAGAACAACAGCCCUGAAGAGGACUGUAGCAGAGGAUGCCAGCUCCAGUAGUGACAAGGGAGGGAGUAGCCAAGAGCACAUGCUUACACACUGUAAGGUGGACACGCUCUCACACCCCAAGCCAAGCUCUCACACCCCACCUACAAAGUAGCCUGGUGUAGAAUUACACUGGAAAUGAAAUGAAAUAACACAUACAAUGCCUUCAGAAAGUAUUGUGUGAAUACUUUCUGAAGGGACUGUACAUGUAUUCAAAGUAGUUGGGUCAUUCUUGAAUUGCUGUGGCAUUUGCGUCCCUCGCCUUUGCAACCAUGAAAAACACUUUAAAAAGGACAAAUAAUUGCACAUCAUUCAUGUUUUUGUUUAUAUUGAACUGUUUAUUAAUGAUAAAACAUAAUGCAAGUCCUUUAUACUGCAAAACUGUAUGCAGUUCAAUGAAAACAAAUAAAGGCUAUUAAAAAGAAGGAAAAUGUAUAUAAUAAAAAAUYUAUAUUUACCCCAAAAUAUAUGGGGG